ACAAAAUUUUAAUUAUUGGAAUAAUCAUACAAAUAAAUUGUUGUAUUUGAAGAUUGAAAGAAAAAGAAAAAAAGAAAAGAAAAUGUCAUUACCAAAAGAAAUAACACCAAAACAAUGGUGGGCAGUGGGAAAAGUAUUCAAGGAUGCAUUGGUAUGCCAAAACAUGAGAGGAAUAAGUUCAAGUGGUAUUUGGUAUGGAGAUAAUCCUUUGAGUUAUCCAACACCUCUUAUUAUGAUUCAAAUUACACUUAUUUUCUUCACCUCUCGAGGAGUUUAUUUCCUUCUUCAACCGUUGCGCCAAAGUAUGACUGUCGCCCAAAUCAUUGCAGGAAUUAUAAUAGGUCCAUCAGCAUUAACAUACAGUCCUUACUGGAUGAGCUUACUUUUCCCACCACCGGGUAGAUACGUGCUCAAAACCAUAGCUAGCUUUGGAUUUAUGCUACAUAUGUUCAUAUCAGGCGUUAUGAUUGACAUGAGUGCUAUAAGAAAAAGUGGCCCAAAAUCAAUUCUUAUAGCCUUAUCGGGUGUCCUGUUUUCCCUUGCUUUAGGAGCCAUAGCAUUUUUCUUCGUUCGGCAAUCAUUCGGCCUUGAUCAAACCCUAUUUACAGGCAUUCGGAUCAUGGUUUUAUUCAAUUCAUUAACCUUCUUCAUGGUGACUAGCAACUACCUACAUGACCUCAAGAUCAUCAACUCUGAAAUGGGUCGUUUGGCCUCAUCAUCGUCUUUAGUUAUCGACUUUUUAGGGCUACUAAUCACUACUUUUGGGCUCAUUUGGUUUAGUCCUUCUACAAGUUCUGAGGCACCCCCAAAAUGGAUUUCCUCAAUUAGCAUUAGUUUCUACUAUAUAGUGUUAUUUUGUGGGUUUAGGCCUUUAAUACUUUCUAUUGUUAGGAAAACUCCUGAAGGUAUGCCCAUGUCACAUACUCAUUUUUUGUGGAUUUUAGCAAUUGUUAUGUUUUCUUGGCAUUGGGGUGAAAGAGUGGGCCAAAGAUUUUCACCCUUUUUGUUUGGACUAUCCUUGCCUCAUGGGCCUCCAUUGGGUUCUGCAUUAGUCCAAAAGCUAGAGCUUUUCACUUCUGGGAUACUUCUUCCAUUGUUUUGUGCUAUGAAUGGAUUGAGGAUGAAUAUAUCUUCUUUGAGUAAAAACCCUUUUUCAAUGAUGGGUGUAGAAGUUAUUCUAGUGCUUGGUCAAUUUGGUAAGUUCUUGGGUACUGUUGUUUCCUCUAUUGCUGUUGGUGUGUCUGUUGAAGAUGCUGUGCCUUUGGGUUUUAUGAUGACUUUCAAAGGUGUCAUGGAGAUUGCUACUUUUGCUGUUUGGAGGGAUCAAAGGGUUUUUGAUGAUCGAUUGUUUACUUUGGCGAUGUUGAACAUUGUGAUCUUCACUGGAGUGGCAUUUCCGCUAACACAAUGGUUGUACGAUCCUUCCUUGAAAUACAACACCAUAAGGAAACGAAAGAUUAUGGGGUUAGGUGAGAAUGGAGAUCUCCAAAUUCUAGUAUGCAUCCACAAUGAAGAGAGCGUCCCUGCCUUGUUCCAAGUCUUAGAAGUGUCGAAAUUCAACAAAAUAGGUGGAUCCAUUUCUGUGUUUGCCCUUCAACUGAUAGAUCUAGCAGGAAGUGCAAUUCCCAUCCUAGCGCCACUCCACGAGUACAAGAAAAGAGCCGACAAUUUUGGUCUCUUUGACCAUGUCGUUAAGGCCUUUGAUCAGUUCGAGAAAGAAAGCCUAGGAUAUGCUCGAGUUCAACAAUUCGUAUCUGUCACACCUUCAAAGAGUAUGCACAACGACAUUUGUGCACUAGCACACGACAAGAGGACAAGUCUUAUCAUCGUCCCCUUCCAUAAGAAAUGGGGGAUCAAUGGCACAGUCGAUUCAUCUAACCAACAACUUAGGAAUAUAAAUCGUAGGGUGCUUCGUAAAUCUCCUUGCUCUGUCGCAAUCCUAAUAGACAAAGGAACACCAGAACAAGGUGUUGGAAUUACAGGCCUAUCGAAAACAGGACAAAAAACAUACCAAAUAAUAACACUUUUCAUAGGUGGAACAGACGAUCAUGAGGCCUUAGCAUUAACUAGGCGCAUGGUUGAACAUCCUAGUGUUAGGCUCACAGUCUUUUGGUUAAAAGGCGUAUGUACAUACGAAUCUCUGCAACUCCAAGAAGAUGUGAGAGUUAUGAGAGAAUUCCAUAUGAAAUCCAAAGGCUCCGACAGGAUCAUAGUGCGCGAAAAGGUAGUCCAAGACGGAAUUGAUACUACAAAAGCCCUUUUGUCGAUGGAACAUUCAGCAGAUUUAUUCGUAGUAGGAAGAUAUCAUGAGCCAGAUUGUACAGCCAUACAAGGCCUUAGUGUUUGGAGUGACAAUCCCGAAAUAGGCUCCUUGGCGGAUACAUUAGUCUCUUCGGAUUCUAAGGUUUCGAUCUUGGUUGUGCAACAACAGCCUAGAGUUGAUUGGAAACUUAAUUCUUGUAAACAAAGCAGGGAUGAUGAUUUUGCUGUUAGUAUUGACUCUCCUAAAAGCAAUAGUGGUAGAUCACGCAUGAAUUUUGUUGCUAAGUAGAGGUUUUGCAUUUUUUAUACCUUAGUUAGCUAUUGUUUUUUGGUACAAAUAGAUUUUGAAAUACUAGUAGGCAGUAGUGGAUCUAGAAAAAAAAAAGCAAGUCAUUUUUUAUACCAACUUAU